UUUCGGCACGUUCUCUCUCUCUCUCUCUCUCUCUCUCUCUCUCUCUCUUUGUCCCUUUCUUUCUUUGUCUCUUUCUCCUCUCUCUCUCUCUCUCUCUCUCUCUCUCUCUCUCUCUAUGUAUCCUCUCUGCGACGUUCGCUACUGUUCUCUACUUUGCACUCGGUUGACCGACAACACAACGCAAGAUCGAACAACGCGAUUCAGUGUUACCGGCUGAAUGAGUGCGCGAUUCGCCACGACAUCGCGCGACGUCGGCGACGGUCUGAAACUACAACGGCACGAUACUGUCGAGAAAAUCACGUGUUGGUACGCACGCGCGCGAAAACUCGUCGAGAAUACUCGAAAAUGAUCGAACGAAUGGACGGAAUGGUGGGGUCUUUCUCACAGUUGCUCAUGGUUUGGGAACACUGACCGCGCGGCUUUGCGCUCUGCAACUUUGUGUCGUCAGCCCGCAUGCGACGCGGCGAUAUCAGUGUGAUGUGACACUGCUGUGUGCUAUCACGUCGUGUACCGUACGUUUGGCGCGCAGCGUGAAAUUUACGUACAACGCAGUAGGUUAAGUCACUGUUCACGUCAACCCGUGUGCAGGGACCGGGGCCAAUAAAAAGAAAGAAGUAGAACUAGGUCGCAGGUGAUUGUCUGCAAUCUGCAUCUGCAGACGUGCACGUGGUGACGACGAGCCCGAGGUCAGCGGUGUCGACGGAACAUGGCAGCUAAAAUGCAGCUCCCAUUCGAGCCACCGAGCUCGGCGAGUUCUGAGAGAUAUUUUGCUAGCGACGACGGCGACGCGUGUUUGGAUGAUCGCGAGAUAUUCCUCGCCGACGAGUUGUGCGAGGAUGUUGAGCAUUACAGGCACUCUGACGUAGGCACGCCACAAUCCCCGAGACCACCGUCCACAGGUUCACAAAAGUCACCACGAUCACGAAGGCAACGCACUACUAGCAUGUCACAAUCAAGUAAGAAGACAUCUGCAGAAUCUAUUCUCAGGAGCAAAACGCGAACUAUUUAUACAGCUGGAAGGCCUCCUUGGUACAAUUCAGCUGGUCAACAAGUAGAACCUUUUGUAAUUGGUAUUUGUGGAGGCAGUGCCUCUGGAAAAACGACAGUGGCAACUAAAAUCAUAGAAUCUCUAGAUGUACCAUGGGUGACCCUCCUUAGUAUGGAUUCUUUUUAUAAAGUAUUAAAUGAGAAGCAGCACGAGAUGGCUGCACACAACGAGUACAAUUUUGAUCAUCCUGAUGCAUUCGAUUUUGAACUUCUCAAAACUACGUUGCAGCGUUUAAAGGAAGGACGCAUGGUAGAAGUUCCUAUUUAUAAUUUUGUAACACAUCGUAGAGAAAGUAGAACGAAAACCAUGUAUGGUGCCAACGUCAUUAUCUUCGAGGGAAUACUUACUUUUUACAAUGUCGACGUCUUGAAGCUGUGCGAUAUGAAAGUUUUCGUCGAUACUGAUGCGGAUGUCAGACUGGCCAGGCGUUUACGAAGGGAUAUUUCGCAAAGAGGCAGAGACCUGGAGGGUGUAUUAAAGCAGUAUAGUAAACAUGUGCAGCCGGCUUUUUAUUAUUACAUAGCACCUCUUAUGGUUCAUGCGGAUAUUAUUGUGCCGCGCGGAGGAGAAAACGAAGUGGCAAUAGAGCUAAUUGUACAGCAUGUUCAUACUCAACUUCAAUUGAGAGGUUUUAAAUUGAGGGAAAAACUGGCGCAUUCAUACAUCGGUCAGCCAUUGCCUUCAUCUUUGUACUUACUUCCAGACACGCCGCAGAUAAAAGGUCUUCAUACGUUUAUACGAAACAAGGAGACCUAUAGAGAUGAAUUUAUUUUUUAUUCUAAACGCUUGAUUCGUCUAGUCAUCGAAUAUGCGUUGUCUUUGCUGCCUUUUGAGGAUGUAACUGUCGAAACACCGCAAGGAGUAUUAUAUAGCGGCAAACGAGGUGCGACGGACAAAAUAUGCGGUGUAUCGAUAUUACGCGCCGGUGAGACUAUGGAGCAGGCUGUUCGAGAUGUGUGCAAAGACAUACGCAUAGGAAAAAUUCUCAUCCAAACUAAUCAGCAAACUGGCGAGCCUGAAUUGUAUUAUCUCCGAUUACCAAAGGACAUCAAAGAUUAUAGAGUAAUAUUGAUGGAUGCCACUGUUGCGACUGGUGCUGCUGCUAUUAUGGCGAUUAGGGUACUUCUGGAUCACGAUGUUGCUGAGGAAAAUGUACUGUUGGCGUCAUUGUUGAUGGCCGAAUCUGGCGUACAUUCGAUUGCUUACGCCUUUCCGCGAGUGAAGAUUGUCACUUCCGCGUUGGAUCCCGAGAUAAAUGAGAAGUUUUAUGUAUUGCCCGGUAUUGGUAAUUUUGGCGAUAGAUACUUUGGCACUGAACCAUCUGAUGAUUAAGCAAAGCGACCGCGACACCUGUGCCAGAUGG